AUGUUCAACAAGGAGACAUCCAAUCACUCCUCUCCAAAUCAACCACACUCUUCAUUACUUGACUGUAGAGAAUUAGAAUCCUUUCAACAACAACCACAUGACCACAAGAAUUAUACAUCAUUUCACAAUCCACACUCUCAUUCCUCUCAUUCCGAUCAUCAUUACCAACAAGAUGGAGAUUCAACGAAUGAAAUUAUUCUAAUCUCCACAUCCAUUCAUGAUCCAAGUCAUGGUAGUUGUCGUAGUAGUAGUAGUCAUGAUGGUAGUAGAAUGGAUUAUGAUUCUGAAACACAACACUUUCAUGAAUCAUCCUCUCUUCUACCAACUACUACAAAGAAGAAUUCUCAUCCAGCAGCAGCAACGAUGGCUCAACCAUUUCAAAAUCAGGAAUAUUCACUUCCUCCUCCUCCUGGAAAAUCUUCUUCUCUCUCUGUAUUAUUCAAUGUGAGUAAUGCAACCAUUGGUGCAGGUAUUCUUGCCAUUCCCUAUUCCUUUCAUCAAUCAGGUGUCGUGUUAGGUUCCAUUAUUUUAUGUGUGGUGUGUUUGAUUGCAACAUUGACUGCUCACUUUCUGAUUCGAGCAUGUGAAAUUUCAAAAGAAUAUACAUUUAAGGGAAUUGGAGUGAAAGCAUUUCAAUCCUUAUUCAAACAUCAGCAUCACUCUCGAUAUGUCGUUGGUAUGGUGAUUGAUAUUUUAAUGAUUGUAUUUUGUUUUGGAGUAAUUGUUGGAUACAUUUCAAUUGUUGGAGAUUAUUGUGCAGGAUUAUUUAAAAUUUUGUUUCAAAACAAUCAUCCACAGGGUGAUGAAAUCAUGAUGAAUGAACGAGAUGAAACCUCAUCACUCACCACCACUCUCUCUAAUAUUCUUACUUCACGUAGUUUUAAUUGUUUUCUCACAGUGUUGAUACUCUUUCCAUUGACAUGUUUGAAGAGAAUUAGUUUUUUAUUUUUCACUUCUUAUUUUGCAGUGAUGUGUGUGAUAUAUAUAUUGUUAGUGAUUGUGGUUGGAUUUUUCAACAAGUUACCUUCACUCGAUAAGAGAUUGGAUCAUUCCAUUCUUCUCUUUCAAACUCCUGAAAAUAUUUUUCAAUUAUUUGUGGCAUUUCCAAUUUUAUUCUUCUCAUUUGGAAAUUCUAUUACAUUAAUUCCAAUAUAUUUAGAAUUGAAAAAUAGAUCUCAAAAGAAAAUGGGUCACAUUGUGAAUGGUGCUUCUCUCAUUUGUUUAGUCUGUUAUUUAAUAGCAGGUAUUUUUGGAUAUAUUCAAUUUGGAGAUUCUGGAAUUCGAGAUAAUAUUUUAAAUUCAUUUCCCAAUCGUACGAGCAUUUGGAUUAUUUUUGCAAAAUUUUCAAUGAUUGUGGUUGCAUCUGUGGUGUAUCCACUGGUGCAUUAUCCUUUGAGAGAGACUUUGGAUCAUUUAUUGUUUCCAAAGAGACCAUUCUCAUAUGUACGAUGGAUUGCAGAGGCAUUGAUAUUUGCAAUUUUAAUUGUUGUGACUUUAUUGAUACCUUUUGAUUUGGUUACCAUAUUUGGUUUAACUGGUGCUUCCUUUGGAAUGAUUGUCAUGUUUAUAUUUCCAUGUUUAUUUUAUGCCUUACUUGAGACCAAUCGAUACAAAAAAUGGUUUGCAUUUUGUGUUGCAUUUAUUUGUUUGGUGUUAGGAAUUGUUUCUACCGCGAGUGUGAUUUAUGAUUUUGUCAUGAAAAUGACUCUGGCAACAACGAAUUGA